GGCGGAAGUGCGGGCCCGGCGGCGCCCGAGGAGCUCGCGGCGGGGAGUGGGUCCGUCCGCCCCGCCGUCCCGUCCCCGCCGAGGCCCCGCGGCCGGCAGGCCACCCCCUGCGCUCAGUCGGGGCGCAGCUGCCGAGGGGACACCUGCGCGCGGGGAGCAGCCGGGACCUGGUCCGCGCCGGAGGGACCCGCGCUCGGCCUGUUCGGGGUGGCCCCUGGCCGGGGUGAAGCUCCCCGUCUCGGUUCCCGUCCCCCGCCCUGGUGUGGGCUGCUGGCCUCAGGAUGAACUGUCGCUCGGAGGUGCUGGAGGUGUCGGUGGAGGGGCGGCAGGUGGAGGAGGCCAUGCUGGCCGUGCUGCACACAGUGCUGCUGCACCGUAGCACAGGCAAGUUCCACUACAAGAAGGAGGGCACCUACUCCAUUGGCACCGUGGGCACCCAGGAUGUGGACUGUGACUUCAUUGACUUCACCUACGUGCGCGUCUCCUCCGAGGAGCUGGACCGUGCCUUGCGCAAGGUUGUGGGCGAAUUCAAGGACGCGCUGCGCAACUCUGGGGGUGAUGGGCUGGGGCAGAUGUCCCUGGAGUUCUACCAGAAGAAGAAGUCUCGCUGGCCUUUCUCCGACGAAUGCAUCCCCUGGGAAGUGUGGACAGUCAAGGUGCACGUGGUAGCCCUGGCCACAGAGCAGGAGCGGCAGAUCUGCCGGGAGAAGGUGGGCGAGAAGCUCUGUGAGAAGGUCAUCAACAUUGUGGAGGUGAUGAACAGGCACGAAUACUUGCCCAAGAUGCCCACACAGUCGGAGGUGGACAACGUGUUCGACACGGGCUUGCGGGAUGUGCAGCCCUACCUCUACAAGAUUUCCUUCCAGAUUACUGAUGCUCUAGGCACGUCGGUCACCACCACCAUGCGCAGGCUCAUCAAAGACACCCUGGCCCUCUAGGCCUAUGGGGGCCAUGGGCUCUCCUGGAUGGCUUGCAGACCUGGGCUUCUGGGGAUCGUACUGUUGGGCCCUUGGGGCUCUGGAACCUGCUCCAGGUCCUUGAGGAGACUUGGAAUGGCCACCCCUGGCUUCCUUGUUCUGCGGUGGCCAAUCUUUGGUCAUCCCUCUAACCUUGGCUAAUGGUCAAGUCUGGGCUUCACUGUCCCUCUAGGGCCCUAUUGGGGGGUCUCCCUUCCUCUACUGUACGGAAGAGCCAUCGCUAGGAUGCUGAAUAAAGUUGAGAAUGUGUUUAGCUUGA